GCAGGCACCGGUGGGCAGCAUGGCUGACUCGCUGCUACUGUUUAAGAGGGGUCCUUCUCGCUCCACAUGGCUGCGGGCCCGCAAGGCCCGGCCCCACCUCAUCCUCAGCUACCGGCCCCGCCGCCGGCUCGGGAGGCUGCGCUGGCGCGGCCGAAGGCACUUUCGGCGGCGAUUGCUGCAGGCCCAGGCGGCCGGCGCUGACUGGCGGGAGGGCUGCUGCCUGGUGUCGCGCUCGGCGGCGCCCCGGAGGCCCAAGACCGCGGCCCCCAGCCCUCGCCCGGCCGAGGAUCCGGCCCCGAGUUGUUCCGCGCUCCUCCCCAUCCCGCCAGUGCGGUCGGCCGGCUCGGGCCGCGCCGUGUUGCUGCUGCCGCUGGGGCAGGGCUUUACUUUUAGCGGGAUCUGUCGUGUGACCUGCCUCUAUGGCCAGGUGCAGGUGUUUGGUUUUACCAUCAGCCAAGGCCAACCUCCCCAAAAUGUCUUCUCUACCUAUACCCACUCUCGCCUGACUAUCAAUGCAGUUCAUUACUCAGUGCAUGAGAAAAGCAAGAAAGAGAUGAAAAGGGAAGCCCGAAGUUUGCUCAGAUCUUAUCUGAACCAAGAUGACAGAUAUUGUUUGAUGAAGAAUUUUUCUCCUCUGUGUUCCAUUCUGUUGCUGGAACGUCUGAAAACCUCCACUGUGAACUUCAUAAUCAGCCAUCCAGGUUUAUCUUACGUUUUCGUACAAGAGAUUCCGACUUUCCAGAUUAACUCUGAGUAUUUCGCCUUGAAAUCUGUCGGCAUUAGAAGAGAGAGAAAAAAAAACGGCCUUCGUUUAACCGAGAGUGCCUUUUCAGUCAUGGAUGAGUUAGUCAGCAUUUCUUGUGAAGAAGCAGACGGCUGCCCUGUCAUUCUGGUUUGUGGCUCUCAGGACAUUGGAAAGUCAACAUUUAUUAGAUACCUGAUUAACCAGGUGUUAAAUAGUAUAUCCUGCAUUGACUAUUUGGAAUGUGAUCUGGGACAGACAGAAUUUACUCCGCCAGGUUGCAUUUCUCUACUUAAUGUUACAGAACCAGUUCUAGGACCACCUUUCACCCACCAGAGGACACCCCAGAAAAUGGUCUAUUAUGGGAAGCCUUCUUGUAAAAACAACUUUGAAAAUUAUAUUGAGAUAAUAAAGUAUGUGUUCAGCUCCUACAAGAGAGAGUCCCCGCUUAUCGUCAACACGAUGGGCUGGGUGGCAGACCAGGGUCUCCUGCUUCUUAUUGACCUGAUUCGACUGCUGUCGCCCAGCCACGUCGUUCAGUUCAGCUCCGACCGGGGUAGGUACAUGCCAGACCUCAGCCCAAGCUACGUGGACGACAUGGACGGCUUGUACACAAAGAGCACGUCCAAAGUCAGAAACAGAGGAUUCCACCUGGCAGAAUUUGCAGACAAUUUGGAAUUUGCUGACGAAGAAAAGGAGAAUCCAGUUCUGUUUACUGGAUACAAACUGAUGUCAGUUAAGUCGGAGUUUGUGUCUGGAAAAACUCCAAGAAAUAGAGAAUCACAUAACAAAGUCCUUCGCGAGUUGGCAGUGCUGAGUUACCUUGGCCAGUUGCAGCCCCCAGUGCCAAAGCCACUGUGUCCCUUACAUGGUCUGACACCCUAUCAGGUCCCUUUCAACGCCGUCGCACUCCGGAUUAUCCACGCUGAUGUCGCUCCUACCCACAUAUUGUACGCUGUGAAUGCCAGCUGGGUUGGGCUUUGCAAGAUCCUGGAUGAUGUCAGAGGACAUGCACAUGGGCCCAUCCUGCUUGCCCAGACACCCAUCUGUGAUUGUUUGGGGUUUGGAAUUUGUAGAGGGAUCGACAUGGAGAAGAGGCUUUACCACAUCCUCACUCCUGUGCCCCCGGAAGAGCUAAGAAACGUGAACUGUCUGCUGGUUGGAACCAUUUCCAUUCCACAGUGUGUUCUCAAGAGCCAGCGUGGGCUCGAAGGGACGAUACCUUACAUCACAACAGAUUAUAAUUUUAAACUUCCUGGAGCAUCAGAGAAAAUUGGAGCAAGAGAAAUUGAGGAAACACGUAAAGAGAAAGUACACCCCAAACCUAAAUUCUAUCGAAAAACAAACUGAUCCUGAUGUUCUUAAUAAGGGAAGGACCUUUUCUACCGAGAGCUUGACUCUGUCUCCAGGCUGGCACCAGCGGACUGAUGGGGUUCUGUGGCCACAAACGGAACGGCGCGCUUACGUAGCAAACAGUGCAGUGUUUGCUGCAUAACUCGUGGAUAUGUUUAGAGUACAUUUAAGUCUGUUCUUAAGUCGACAUGACCUAGAGGUUUGCCCUAGUCUUCUGUUUUAUUUUCUAAGGGAGUAAAGCAGCAGGGAAAAGUUUGUGCGCCAUUGAAACAGAAAGAACAUGGUAGAUUCCUCAUAAAGUUUUUCCAGGACCUGGUUGUUGGCAUCUGGAUAAAAAUAGAGUAACAGGAGCCACAGAAACGUCCCAAGGAGGAAGGCAGGCUGGCCAGCAGGAUGGAGAGCAUAACGGAAUAUGGUGGCGCCCUGUGGUCCUUGCCCCGGGGCGGGGGCCAUUCCCAUCCCUGCUCAUUGGAUGCUCUCCAGCCCCUUCCACGCAUGUGGGCCAAGGGUUAAGCCUCUGUUUGGUCUGUUAAAGUUAAUCAGGGUUUCAGAGAUAAAAGUCUGACUCCAGAGCCCUUCUUCCUUUUUAAAAUCUGAUGGUGAAAAAUUUUAUGCUGAAAAAAUGCUCUCAAAUCCAGGAAGCUUAUCUUGGGGCCUCUUUAAAACCAGAUUUGUCCUAAUUGACUUCGCAUCUGAGAUUAAAAACACACAGGGGGCUUCCCUGGUGGCGCAGUGGUUGAGAAUCUGCCAAUGCAGGGGACACGGGUUCGAGCCCUGGUCUGGGAGGAUCCCACAUGCCGCGGAGCACCUGGGCCCGUGAGCCACAACUACUGAGCCUGUGCAACUGGAGCCUGUGCUCUGCAACAAGAGAGGCCGCGACAGUGAGAGGCCCGCGCACUGCGAUGAAGAGUGGCCCCCGCUUGCCGCAACUGGAGAAAGCCCUCGCACAGAAACGAAGACCCAACGCAGCCAAAAAUAAAUAAAUAAAUAAAUAAAAACAAAACAAAAAACACACAGUGGGCAGAGCCGGACACUAGGCUGUUUGGAAGAAGGACCGGGGGAGCGGCUCACACUCUUGGGCUCGGUGGCUGGACCUGAACUCUGUGUCGGUGAUGGUGCUGUUCUCCCAGGGGGCUUUGGGGCCAAUGAUGGAACUCCAUCUUCUCCCCGGUGGUCAGGAUUCUUUAACCUCCCAGGUUGGAAGUGGUUUUGGUAAACAAUCAGGGCAGCCAGGUCAGGUCACCAUUUCUGCGUUUAGGACGCUGAGGCAGCCUUUCAAACUGGUGUUGUGAAUUGCAGCUUCCUAGCAGAAUGUGUUGAAGGACAGCUAUUAGGAUGUGUAGGUUUUAACGUUUACGUUCAUUUAAACCGUUGUCAUUGUCUUAAGUACUCACGUGGCUUCUCAUCUCAUAGAGCCCUUGUCACCGUCCAGGAUCAGGUGUGAUAACCCUAGAGGCCAUUUAAUGUCUAGCUUCUUUUUUUUUUUCUUUUUUUGCGGUGGGAACCAUUUAAUCUGCAUACGGAGACUUGUAUUUACUGUGAUUCUUUCUACCGGAGACUUGUAUUUACUGUGAUUCUUUCUACCAGAGGAACAAAGGGCGCCCUGCAGGAAGGGCUUCUUUUUUUUUUGAAUUUUAUUUAUUUUUUUAUACAGCAGGUUCUCAUUAAUUAGUUAACCAUUUUAUACAUAUUACUGUAUACAUGUCAAUCCCAAUCUCCCAAUUCAUCCCACCCGCCCUACCCUAAUGUCUAGCUUCUUAGUUGCUUCUUAUUUAUAUCUAAAUUUAACUUGUACAUGGUUUUCUUUCUUGGCCUUGCAAAGACUAUUAACAGACAAUCCACCAUCAACUUUUUGCCUCCUUCCCAAGUUCCUGUACCUUUACAAUAAUACUGUAGGUCUUUAGCAGCAAGUGGUGGCCUGUCAUUUGCGUUUUCAUUAAAUCCAGGCUCGCCUUUAGCCUGUUUCCUGCUGGCCUUUAAGGCUGCGGGCUUCAGUCUCCGGCAGUAAAGAAAACAAACGUUGCCGCUAGAGGGAGCUGUCAGCCAUUGGUCAGCUGGCCAUACGGAGGCUGGAGAUGGGCCGAGGAGCCCGCCUAGGCCUUUGUCAGCAUCCAGAGAUGCUGGAGGCAGGGUGCUGUGGUCAGCUCCAGGUGUGCCAGUCAGACUGGAGCGGUGCCUCCACCUGGUGUGUUUGACUGUCAGUGGCGAUGGUUUGGGCUUUCUGUCAUUUCCACUGUCUGUGAUGGCUCAGGAUGGGUAGUGAGAGUUCUGCGUUGGAGAUACUCUUAACAAAAACUCAGUCAUUUCUGUGUGUGAUUUUUAAAGCAGUACAUGCUUAUUUUAAGAUAAUUAAAGGAAUAUAUGACUUAGAACAAGAACCCUUAGUCACUGAUUUUGUGGUUCCUGAAAAUCAGCUCUUUAGAUCUGUUUCCAGGACAGGUAGACAUGAAAAUGAAAAGAUUCUCCAAUUCUAGGGUUGAUUUUAUUUUGUGAAGAAAGGUAGUUCUGUUUCCGUGUCUCCCCCGAUAGACCUUGGGGGCAGACACCACUGUAUCCUCUGAAACCCCAGAUUAGAACUGAGGACUUAGGAAAGGGGAGACGGGUCGGGGAGCUGGCUCUUGAGGUGCCUUGGUUUUUGAAAAAUCAAACCCUGGAAGUAGCUGGCCAGAGAGGACAUGGGGGUGGUGGGGCCCCGGCUGAAGCGAGAGAGCCCGCUGCCGCUCCUGGGGUCCCUGUGACGGGCGGGUCCUCACCCUUCCGGGCACUCAGGUUUCUGCCCGACAGACGGCGAGAGGACCAAGGGACGUGGGACGGUGAUUUUUAAAGCAUCUGGUAGUUGUUUCCCUUAGAUUUGGUUGAGGCCAUGUAAUGGUUAAGGCAGCAGGCUUUGAUGUUGGAGCUCUGAGUUCACCUUCUGGCUGGGCCACUGGCUAGCAGUGUAGCUUUGAGGGGUAUUUAACCUGAGCCUGUGUCCUCUUAAGAUGGGCGGAUCGCGCUUCCCUCAGGGCCCCUGCGUGAGGAGGGCGAGAGGCGUGUCUACGGCAGGCGUAGCAGUAGCUCUUAGCUUGUGGCCUGUCUCUGAGGGUUGUAAAUCCAGAAGGCAGGACCAAGAUUGUAUUCCUCACAGUCACACCGGGACGACGCAGAAACUGUCGGCAUUGGAAACCAUCUUACUCGGCGGCCCCCGGGCAGGUUUACCUCAACACCGUUCUUCCUGCUGCGGGUCCUGCUCAGGGCUCCGGAGAGGAAGGUCCCAGGGCUUCCACCGAUCACCCGUUCCUGGGAGUUUUUCAUAAACCCCACUAACUGCUUUUAAAAUUGUGUGACCAGCUCACCCAUGUAGGAAAUGACCCUGAAGUCCACCACCACGUAAUCACUGUUGAUGCUGUGAUGCUGUCUCGUCCAGUAUUUUUCUAAAAUGCACACGUGUGUUUGUUUUAUAAAACUGGUGUCCAACUGUGUGUAUGGUUUCUAUCCAGCUCUUUUCACUUAAUAUGUGAACUUCUGUUUCAUUAAAUAUUUUUGAGAA